UGCUUUGGGUAAGCUUUCGAUUUUCCUUGUAAUUUUGAAGGCUCGAAUUGUCGGCAAAUUUUCAGGUUUCUGGUGAAAUUAGUGAGAUUGUUAUGAUUGGUAGUCUUCGAUUUGAUUUCUUCAUGGCUCUGCUGUGAGCUUAGGGAAACAUUAUAGAUUAAGUUAUUUCUAUCUUUGUCUUUUUUGAUGACUCGAGCUCAGCUCAGUACCUUAAACCGUAGCCUUGUAAAAUCAGGCAAUUUCCACGGGAACUCCAUUUCAAAAUUACCCUUUUCUUCAACCUCGUCUUCUUCGCUUCAAACCAUUGAAAACUCUCGGAGCAAAACGAUGAUAAGUCCACUUUACAAUCUUCUUCCUGAGACCCAAAACCCCAACAAAAUAGUAGACCUCAUCUCAUCCUUUCUCAAACAAAACAAUUCUCAAUUAACCCUUCUCAAAAAUGACAUAGAACCCCUCAUUCCUCAUUUGGGUUGUCAUGAAAUCACAAGGGUGUUAUUGAGAUUCCAGUCUGAUUCUUUCUCAGCUUCAACUUUCUUCAACUGGGUUAAAAAUGAUUUGGGUAUUAAACCUUCUUCACAUAACUAUUGUUACAUUGUUCAUAUAUUGGCUUGGUCUAAGAACUUCCCUUUGGCAAUGGAAUUGUUGUGUGAACUGAUUGAUUUUGUUAGGGUUUGUUCAAAUUGUGAAGAUGUUUUUGAAAGUUUGGUGCUUUGUAGCAAAGAUUGUAACUUUGAUCCUGUUGUUUUCGAUAUGCUUGUUAAGGCUUAUGUGAGAAAGGGUAUGGUUAAAGAAGGGAUUAAGACCUUUAGGAAGGUAUUGGAAGUUGGCCAUUUGCCCUCUGUGAUUACUUGUAAUUGUCUUUUGAAUGGAUUAUUGAGGUUGAAUUUAAUUGAUCAGUGUUGGCUAGUGUAUGAAGAGAUGGGGAGAGUUGGGAUUCGUCCGAAUACAUACACUUUUAAUAUAUUGACUAAUGUUUUCUGCAAAGAUGGAAAUGCUGAUAAGGUUAAUGAGUUCUUGGAGAGGAUGGAAGAAGAAGGGUUUGAUCCCGAUCUCGUAACCUAUAAUACGUUGAUUAGUAGCUAUUGUAGGAAAGGGAGACUCAACGAUGCAUUCUAUUUGUAUCGGAUCAUGUAUAGGAGAGGUGAGAUGCCAGAUUUAGUUUCGUAUACCGUGUUGAUGAGCGGUCUUUGUAAAGAAAGGAGAGUGAGAGAUGCGCAUCAGUUAUUCCAUAGUAUGGUUCAUCAAGGAAUUGAACCAGACAUUGUGUCAUAUAAUACUCUUAUUUCUGGUUAUUGCAAGGAGGGGAGGAUGCAAGAUUCGAAGAAUUUGAUGCAUGAGAUGAUAGGGAACAGGAUCCCCGAUAGUUUUACUUGUCGAGUUCUUGUGAAAGGAUAUGCAAAACAGGGAAGCUUGGUUUCAGCUUUGAAUUUGGUUGUAGAGCUAAGGAGAUUCAGGGUUUCCGUCUCUUCAGAUAUUUAUGACUUUUUGAUGGUUUCUUUAUGCCAUGAGGAUCGACCAUUCGCCGCAAAGAGUCUACUGGAAAGAACCUCUCAAGAGGGUUAUUUUCCUAAACCGAAUAUCUACAACGAAUUGAUCCAGUCAUUCUGCAGGUGCAAUAGUGUGACUGAUGCAUUGCUCCUGAAAGCUGAUAUGGUAUGCAAGAGAAUAAAGGUUGAUCUGGUUGCAUAUAAAGCUCUUAUAUGCUCAUCAUGUAUAGUAGGUAAAGCUCGUGAAGCAGAAUCCUUGAUGGAAGAAAUGCUUGAAUCUGAUAUCCUUCCCGAUCCGCAAAUAUGCAGGGCACUAAUACAAUGCUACUGCAAGCAAUCGGAUAUUGAUAGAGCGGAGUUGCUAUUGAGCUUCUUUGCCAGAGAAUUUCAGAUUUUCGAUACCGAAAGCUAUAAUUUUCUUGUGAGGACAUAUACAGAGAGUGGCGGUAUGGAUAAGUUAAUGGGGCUUCAGGAUAGAAUGAUGAAACUAGGAUAUGCACCUAAUACCUUGACAUGCAAAUAUGUAAUUAAUGGUCUAUUGAGAGCUAAGAGAUUGGAUGAUCAUAAGAUGCUUGGCUCUCAACUGCAAUAACCAGCCGGUUGCUUAUAAAUUUUGU